AUGGCGCAUCUCAGGAAAAAAAGACAAACAGCGAACAUAGAAACUCAGUCAGGAGGAACGGUGUUUGACAGAAUAGAGGAAGCGAACAAUGGUACCACCCAAGUCCAGUCUUAAAUAUCUCUUCAAAGUUUGUUUCAUAUCCGCAGAAACUUCGCGGAAUUUUCAGGCACAACAAAUCUUAGAGAUUUAGCAUUAACAAGAAACUAGCCGGGGAUUUUUGAACUGAUUCGCACGUUAACUUUGGAACACAAGGAUGUUGGCGAUCCCUUGACCUUUCUGUGAAGGAGAAGAUUCCUUUACCAAUCCCAAGUGUUUUAAAGUGCAUUUACCCCAUGCACAUUACUAACUUACUAACUUUGUUUUUUGUUUUUUUUGUUUUUUUUGCUUCGUUCUACAUUUAUUUUAAUUCCUAUUUGUUUGAUGGUUUAUUUUUUCACACAAUACCCCUGAAGACCGCAAAUUGAAUUUCAAACUAAUAUCAUUGUACAUUUGGAUCAACAUCAGUAUCAGGGCAACUGCCCGCCUACCCCUCCCCUAGCCCAACAUUAACCUUAACUUGUUAUCAAUUGACUGUUGUUGAGUUAGGGGAGGGGUAGGUGGGCAGUUGCCCUUAUACUGAUAUUUAUCUGUACAUUUUUGUGUGAUGUCUCGGCCUACAUUUCAAUGCGUAACAAACCGCCUUUCAUACCUCUACAGGAAACAUUUCACAAUUCUACCAAGGCGACAUUGUGCUGGAUCCUGAGCUGAAGGAGUACAUAAAAACUGGUGGCAACUCGCGAAAUGCAGUAAGAGGUCGUAAAAGACUGUGGACCAGUCGCAUCAUACCCUAUCGGAUCCCUUCGCACAUGAGUAUGUUUAUAUUCAAGGAUAUUUGGCUUAUGGACCACUCAUUACUUAUCAGGGAGGAGGGGGAAGGGGUGAGGGCGGAGGAUUUUGGGAAGGAUCCUAUGGUUUCUUUCUUUCUUUUUUCCUUUUUUUUUUUAUUGUACAACAUUUGAAAAGAGGGAAUACAAAAGCCAACCCUCAUGGGUGAUCUUUCACAAUUAUUUGGCCCUUUUUUGCGUGAGAACACAACAAAGCUUCCCGUCCCCAACAAACGAGUUAGUCAUCAGUUCAACAUGUAGACAAUGAACUGAACAGAACAACCAUAAUUUUUCCGGCGAACGGUAGAACUGACAAGCUGAACUUCUUAGGGGGCUUAGAAAAGCCUAUUUGAUUUGCGUGUAAUCCUUCAAAUCGAUCACGGAAGUUUGCAUGACAUUUCUGACGCAAAUGCAAGCUUACUGAAUUUGAUAAUAGGAUUGAUGACAUUUCCAAUCUGCUGCCAAUUAAUUGUUGAUCAACGAGCUAAUUGAAACCAUGAACUGAUACAUAUAUUUCCAACUUCUGAUCUCGUGUUACCUAAAAGAGUGUCGCGCAAUAUGAGUAGAAAGUUCCCAACUGAUUGAAUAUUUACUUAUUUCAGCUGGGAAACCUUGAAGAUAGAUGCAACUUUUUUUUUUUCUUUUGCCUUGUAUCGUUUUGUUUUUUUAAAGAUAUAACGAACAAAUAAACGGAAAAAAAAACAAGAAAUAGCAACUUGCUCAAAUAAGGCAAUUAGGUUUAUUGAUGGCGGCAUCCUUGAUACAUUUUUCAGGCAAAUGUUUUUGAAAACUAUCCAAUAACAAAAUAUUAGUCUUCAAGAAUUUCACCGCUUUCUCUUCACUUCUCUUUUUAGGUCAUAUAACUUCAAAUGUCCGUGUGGCCAUUAACGAGUUUCACAGAACGACAUGUUUACGAUUUGUAAAUUACUACAGUGGCUAUCAUAAAAACUACAUUGAAUUUAGCAAUAAAGAUGGGUAGGUAACGCUCAUUUUGAAGGGCCUGCAGCAAUUAUUUCAACAGAGCUGUCGCAUUAUUUGGAACCACUCAUAGGCUAAUUAACUAGGUGAAAUUAUCAACUGAGGCUUUCUUAACUUGAUUGAUUAAACCAUACCAGAAUAUUAGCUGGGGCUAUCCUGAAGUUCCCCUGACCCCACCCCCCUCUCCCUCUCUUUUUUUCUUUUGUUUUUCGUUUUGUUUUUCAAUCAUGCAAACUAUAUAAUUUAUGGUUGGUCAGGAGUACGAGGAUGUUAGAAAGAACGUCCCUUUUUUAUUGUCUUUUUCUUUUAUUUAGAUGCUCAUCCAGGGUAGGAAAGAGAUAUCAUUCCCCUGGUAAACAAAUCAUCUCCAUUGGACCCGGAUGUAAUAACGUAGGAACCAUAAUUCACGAGAUAAUGCAUGCCAUAGGUGAGUUGUUUGCAGCAGCUUACACCACAGGGCUAUUAUGGGACGAAUUUUGGAAAACCGUAAUAGUUUUUUUUAAAACCCCUUUCCCCUCUAUCCCACUGGUGACUGACAUCUUUCCAAGCACUUAUGAGAGGGGUGGGUGGGGUAGGAAUUUGUUUGUUAAGGUGUCUUUAGGUUUAAGCUGAAGAGAAAGUGGAGAUGAAGCUUUUCAUAUAGGGUGAAAAAAAAAACUCAGCUCUAUUACAAACACAUGAACCAUCGAAAGGAAAAUUUAUACCUUGCUAUUUUUGCUUUACCAUAAACAAUUAUCUUUUUACACAAAGUGUGCGACUUAAUGGAAACAGUGAGGCUUGAUUAGAGAGGAUUUUAAUAGUCUUUGGUUUCACCUUAGAUUCAUUUGUAGUCAUAUAAAAUCGCCAUUAAUUGCCAAUUACUGUGAACUUUUGCCCUUAAAAUAAAACGUCAGCUUUGUAACGCGUUACAGUGGCCAAUUUACGUUAUCAACUCAGUUGAUAAUACUUAAUUACUCCAUCGGACAAAAAACAUAUUAUGGGCCAAACACCACAUCCCAAUACUUAUAAGAGAGUUUUUCUUAAAAAUCUCGUCUUGCGAUAGGUUUCUUCCACGAGCAAUCACGGAUGGACAGAGAUAAAUACGUGAGAAUAAACUGGGAGAACAUUCUAACUGGUAAGAAUCUUUCCUUUUCCGCCACUGUCCGCAAAAUUGUUAUUUUCUUUUCUUAUUUUUCUUUUUAAAAGUUUUGUAAAAGAGGAAUCAGCUGACGAAACCUGUUCAUAUUUGUUUCUUGAUGGCAGCAAAGAAAACAACAUUUAAUGCAACUCUUCGUUCGAGUGUGGUUCCUAGCUCACUCCAUCAUCUUUCUUAUUCUGAAUCCCCUAAGGACGAUACGCGCUGUACGCAAGACACCUUUCAAAUAGUAUUUCGUCUUGAUUGCCAACUAGAAUUCCCUUAGUUGAGAGCUAGAGUACCCUUUCCUACACCAGUAUCACCACGCUUUCUCAGGUUUUUCUUUGUCCCAGACUCUUAGAAAACGAUUUUGUUAUCAUUAUGAUCUUUUUUUAAUUUUAAGGAUUCUCAGACCAGUUUGAUAGAUACAGCUGGAGGACGAUCGAUCAUUUGGGUGUAUCGUACGACUAUCAGUCUAUCAUGCACUACGAUCGUCUUGCGUUUACAAAAAACGGAGAGCCAACCAUCGUUGCUGUUGGGAAUGAAAAUAUGGAAUUUGGUUCACCAUCCAGGAGGCUCAGCUCAAGAGAUAUUUUGGAAAUAAACGCUCUGUACGAUUGCAAAGCAAGUGAGUAAGCAUUAUCUAAUACAGUAAGCAGUUUUUGAAAGUAUCGGUUCUGGGACCCCUCAUUGAUUUCGCCUGUUUGCGGUAGAGGUGGGGGGAAUUUACCUGACUUCCCCUCCCUUCCUUCGGCUCUGUAGUAUUCUAGUGAUCCCGCUCAUUGGUAGUCAGUUUUCUGCGGUUCCCCCGCUCUAUGCUCUGUUAGCGAUGACUGAUCCCCACCACGUUCCCCUUGACAACAAAGAAAUCUACCUGAUCCUUCCAUAGGGCUCUGUAAUAAUUGUAAGAUCCCCCCAAUCAUUGGCAGUCAAUUUUUUACAACUUUCUAUAAUCCUUUACAUAAUCUGUUGACAACCAAGGAUGCCCUCUCUGUCCCACCUGAAAACUGAAUGAUUGCCCCAAAAAUCCUCCCCCCCACUCCCCCUCUCCCAGACGAUAAAUAUGACUGGUCCCACAGAGACUAAAGUCGGUUUUGAAGGCGUACUUUGGCCAGUAAGGGCUCCAAUUAUAGGCUUCAAAUGCUGCUGCAGAUUCUGUCCUUUCCUCUCAGUUUGGUAAGCUUUAAAUUUCCUUUUGUCAGCUACAUCGUAUGGAUGGGCCACUUGGUCUGGAUGGACUCCAUGUGAUGAAAAAUGUUAUCGAACUCGCGAGAGGUACUGCUAUCACUCUGGCAACAUCAAGUCUUGUGGGGGAAAUGUGAAUGGGUACGGAGUGGAAAUUCAAAGAGUAAAAUGUUCGUCGUCUAUAUGUCCAGGUAAGCAAAGGACAAAUAAACUUUUUCAUUGUGUGUGGGUUGGAUAAUAGUUUAUCCAGACAGAGAAACGACGACAGAUUCUUAUACAAUACCUUUUGUUUCUAUGAAACAAAUCUUUUUAUCAUAAAUUCUAGUUGCUUUCCAUAUUUUCCCCGACCCGUUGGAGUCAAAGCUGUUUGGAUUGUAAGAAAGCUCCACGGGGGCAAAUUAGAGUAGGUGAUGAUACACGAAUGGUGUUUCUCGACGUCUUCCAUAACAUUUUGAAGUUGUAACAAAGUGAAAUGAAAAUAUGAACCUGUCUUCUUUUUAAGUUUUGAAAGUUUGAUAGCUUUUGUAUUAAAACAAUCAGAUUAUUCUGGCGCUCUCGAUUUCUAUGAGUGAAGUGAGAGUUGAUUCGAGAAUCGUGCUCAUAAGUUGUCACGCUGCACAAAUCUCGAGCUUAAGUCUCAUUGUUACUUAGUGCAUGAGGGUGCAGCUCAAUAAAAAAAAUUCACGCAUAGAAAUCGAGAUAAAGUAAUCUUACUGUUUUUGUACACAUCUACAAGUCGCCAAACCAAACAACAAGACAAGUUCAUAUUUCUAUAACCGCAACACGUUAGGGUAUUCACUUUAUAUACUGUCUAUCACGGAAUAAACAGCGAGUAGCAUAGCCAAUUGCAUUGCAGCAUUUUUCAUAGAACGUCCGUAGCUUUCUGCUUAAGCAGAACAUUACUGAGGCCUGUCAUUUAUAUAAGGUCUACUACAUAACAUUUUGAUCGAGUGGAAAAGGUUAAGUUAGAUGAUGUUCAUUUUUCAUUGCAAUGACUGAAGAUUUAAAAUGUUUUCAAAUCUCGAAUACUCUCUAUUUCCGUAUAGCUAUUUUUUUGUAUUUUUUCCAAACGCCUUUGUAGUAUGUACACAAAUCAGUGUUUCUCGGAAACUGAACAGAAGCACUUGAUCUAUCUGGAGUUUAGCCUGCAGUCAGGCUCUCGUGUGGGCUAAAGAAAGUGCAGUGCAAAGCGGUCCUACGCAUAACUCUCUCUGCCCCGCUUCUCUCCUGCAACUCAACGCCAACGAAACCCCUACGUUGCUCUUUAUGAAAGUUCAGAUACGAUGUCUGAUCGUACGAAAUAUUUACAGCUCCUAUUGAUGGACACUGGGGUCGCUGGUCAGAUUGGGGAAGUUGCAGCAAAACGUGCAAUGAUGGUAUCAGGAAACGCUUUCGAAGGUGUGACAAUCCCUCUCCCGCUCAUGGGGGGAAAAAUUGCCAAGGUUAUGAGAGGGGGCAAGAAAUGUGUAUUUUGAAGAGAUGUCAUCUGGGUAAGUGAGAAAUGCUUGAUAUUGAAUUCAUUACAUAAUUAGCUUUGAAAAUUUUGGCGAGAUUCUCAUAACUUUGUAUGUUUUAAUGCAUUAUGUACAGUGUAAAGGUUUCAUUUUGCAUAAGCCAAAUAGAUGAUUAUUUAGGUCUUAAAAUCUUAAAAUUUGUAGCUUGAUGUCGAUUCUGAAGUCGAAACAGGUAAUGUAGCGAGUUCGGUGUCUCGGACGUACACCAUGUCACGUUUCCACCGCAGCCCUAGUAUUUUAGUCAAGUUUUGACUUUGUGGACAGUAACUUCGUCAUUAAUAUACGUGAGGCACCAUGGCACACAAUCAUCAAAGAAGUGUAUUUUGUACCACGUGGUACAAGUGGACCAAUCACACGGCCGGAUUGACAUCCAAAACAACGAUUUGAUGUAACGCAAUCUCUUAGUCGCGCUGAAGUAUGAUGCUUUCACCCGAUUGGUACACAACCAUCCCCAAUUGCGCAAAUUUAAUCUAUUUGUCUGCUGACGUCAUCUUUUCCGAAAAGCCAAUAGAUUUAUGGGAAGAAAAGUUUGUGGAGAACUGUGGUGUACUUUUCAUUUUCGAUUUUCUCUUGACAUGGGUUUUUUUUUUUUUUUUAAUGGCUUGGGUCUUCCCUCUGCGAUCCAGCAACAAAAGCAAUUCAGUUCCCACUUUCCGCGCCAACAAUUGAGAACAAAAGUCAACCAAUCUUGCACGGCAAACCCGCGUGUAUAUCCAGAAUGGCUCAUGAUGGCCGCAUAAUAAGAUUACUCAGUGGACUUGGCAUUUUAUCUCUAACUACUGAAAAAUAGGAAGAUAGAAUUUUAAGUUGCGUGACAUUUUUCCCAAGGAUCAGGAACUGGUAUAUACAUUAGUUGACACUUAGAUAUGACAUUGCGCUACAUUUCAUUUUCACAAAAGAGACAAACAAAGAAGUACAAUCAAGCAAAACGUGAAACAAAACAGAAAACCAAUAACAACAAAAAUACAUCACAAAGAAAGAAAUUUAUUUAUUUCAUUUUUUUUUAAAAUCAGGAUUAUGCUGUUUUUUGUAUUUUUCUUUCCAGAAAAAGAUGAUGUAGAUUUUGAAAAUUCUCGUCUUGGGAUGUGGGGGAAUUCUAAUACUGACAACCUCAACUGGAAUUUUAAUCGCGGCUUCACAUCAACGAUCCACACGGGCCCUGACAAGGAUCAUACAAACGGUCAAGGUUAGCUUUAUGUAUACUUACGCCAUCUCUAUAAAGUUAAAGUUAAAGUUAAAGUUAUAAAGUUAAUAAGGAGCAAAAAGAUUUCUUGUUUGGUAGCGUUCCUAUAAUGUUAAACAAAUUGACCAAAAGAACUAUCAUCAAUCCCAAGUGUGAAGGAAAUAUCAAAAGAUCGUACAAGAUCAGAAAGCGGUCAAUAUAAGCUGCACAACCGUUUUCUCUGAUUUGCUUUGAUUUUCCAAAGAUUUUCCCGGCCGUCAUGAUCAGCAUCCUGUACUUUGUUAAGUGGUACCCCGGGCAGAACUCAAACUACAAUUCACCGUGAUUCUUUUCGUUUUUAAGGUGAAUUAAGACUUAUUCUCCUUCUUUUCUCUGACCCUUUUUUCUUCUGAAGGGAGAGCCUCAGGAGGAAAGAUUCUGAAAGGCGACAGAGAGUUUCUGAGACUCUGCAAGAAUAUUCAACUUCUUUCCAAUUCCAAUACCUCGGUGUGAGAAUUUCAUACUGAUUAGAACAAAUCGCUAUAUUCACUUCGAUUACGAACCGGUCGUUACUCAUCGUCUGGAGGAAGGGGGGGGGAGAUCACAUGGUUUUCAGGGGGAACAGAGGGGUAUCAGUCGUCACUAACAGAGCAUAUGGGAAUACAAAAAUUGACUGCCAAUGAGGAGGGAUCCUAAGAAUACUACAGGGCCUUAGGGGGGACCUGGUAAACAAAAUCCUCUCACCCCCUCCCCCCCUCUGGCGAUAAAUACAUAACCGGUCACCUAGCCAAUCAUUGUUACUUUUAAUUGCUUAUAUUUCUUUCUAAAUUUUGGUUAUCUUUUAAUUCAUUCAGUAAUUUAUUUUCUAUACUUGCUUAUGAUUUUGUUGUCAUGGUAGGCUUUUACUUGUACGUUGAAUCUUCAUUAACCCGCCCUGGACAAAGAGCAGAACUUGUGAGCCCCUGGACCCCGGCGAGGAGAGGCGGACAAUGCCUAAAAUUUUACUACACCAUGUACGGUAGUACAAUGGGAAGUCUGGCCAUCAAGCUACAAUUAUCAAACGGCAAAAACUGGCUUAUUUUCUACAAGCAUGGUAACCAAGGGAAAGGCUGGAAGAAAGGGAUAGGAAACAUCAAUGUUCCCCUGGGAUUGUCGUAUAAGGUAAGGACCGUCGUCGCAAUGAGGUCGGAAAAUCCCCUUUCAUCGUUUUUGGGAAUAACUCACAAAAAAGUCUCACUAAGAUUUCGCUUGAUGAUUCAUCGUAUGGCUAGUUGAACUAAAGGUUACCGACAUAUUUGAUGACCAAUUUUGACGGUCCAUUUUUUUUGUACACUAAUACGUUUACGAUGAAUGCAUUGAGUGACUUCAAAUUACGCCACGCUCACCACAUCGGCGAAGCUUCUAGCAAUUGUGCGAUACUUUCAGGUCGUACGCACUGAUUGGUAGAAGUCUACAGCAUAAUGCGUUGUCGGUGCCUUUAAUGUAUAAAUAGACUUAACUUUGCUCUGUGAUUGGUCCAGAAAACCUGCGCCAUCCUCUCAUCCAAUCAGAUUCAAAACUAAAAACAACCGCCACUUGGUCACUCGUAUCUUGCCGCGCUUCAAACAGGUUUCUCGUUUCACUUUGAGUUUUCAUUGGCUAAGGAAAAUGUAAACCUUUGUUGUGAUUGGCUUGAAUUACUUUGGUUUUGGUUUUUAUGACACUCAUUCAAAAGCUGCUUUAUUUACUUCAUUUUUUGAUUAUCUCAGCUAACUAUUCAAGGCACAAUAGGUCAGGCUGGAUACUCAGAUAUUGCCAUUGAUGAUGUGUACAUCGAUCCCGGACUAUGCAGUGAGUAAUGCUGUUAAGAUGUUUCAUGUUUUCUCUUAAAACUGAACAAAAAAUAGAUUUUUUUCAGUAGUGGUGUCACUAUUACGACUCCGGCUGGCUACAAGCGGUCAGCUCCGCUGCAAUUCUCCACUACGGAGUUACAGAGAAGGCAGUGCUGAGCUAGCGUCUAAUUUCUCUAUAACAUACCACAACUGAAUCGAACAUUAAGGUUAUGAGAAUACGGGAAAUGACCAACCACCUAAGAAGCUCUUGAUUGUUUAAGAAAUUCUCCUCGGCAGCACCUUAGGAAAUGUAUAGAGAAAAGUAGGGAGAAUGUGCAUAUUAAUGUUAGGAUGUAAAAGGUUAAUGUAACUCAAUCGUUUACUGUCUACCAGAGUGUCAAGAUGAUUAUUACACCUGUCAUAUCUGGGCGACCAAAGGUGAAUGUUCAGCCAACAAAAAAUGGAUGAAAGAAAACUGCAAGAGGAGUUGCAACGUUUGCGGAGGUAAUUAGGAAAACAUCGAUCUAUCAUGUGCAGUCCUCAGAAACUUGAAGAGCUUUUCCGGACAAAGCUAACUACCAUGGGAUAAAUAUGAUAUAGCUCUUUCAAGUCUCAAAAAUAAUUGAACUUUAUAUGAAAUCAAAACUGAAAAAAUGGGUCUCACCAUUGUUCUUUAUAAGAAACAAAACAUUAAGACUUUUCUGCUUUUUGUAUUUUGUUUGUUCCUGUCGUUGUUUUGCUUUUGUUAUAAGGUCAAAGAGAAUUGUGAUUUUUUAGUUCAUAAACCGCAAAGAUUACUUUUGGAAAACUUCAGUUCCUAUAAAAAGACGUUAUUAUACUUUGCUUGUUUUCUAAAACUUUUUUUCUUAUUGUUUUUUUAAUGUUAACGUUUUGAUUUUUUUUGCUUUUUCACAAACCUUUGUAUUUGUUUAAUUUCAUUAGUAUUGAUUUAUUUAUUUACCUCCAUUUCAGCUAUCAGUGCUACAACACCACCUCCCGCUAACUGUGAGGAUGACAGUCAGUACAAAGGUCAGUGCCCUGGUUGGGCUAAAAUCGGUGAAUGUCAGAAGAAUCCAGCCUGGAUGAAGCUUCACUGUCGAAAAAGCUGCAAGAUCUGCGGUAAGCGUUUAUUUAACAUCAUCACGAGGUUAUAAAAGAAGUUUCGCAAAGUUCAAUGAACGUUUUCAGUGGCUAAGAAUUAUCUUAGAGAUUAUGAGAUUAAGUCAACCUGUGUCGAAGUUUGCUAGAUAUUUAGAUAAAUUCCUAGUAACGCAGAAUAAUGAUAAGCCUUUCUUAGAGACCCAGUAUCGGCCAUUAGCAUUGCGCGCCUCUGUUUUUGGUAUGAAUUCACGAGAGCGAGGCUUGUAGCGUGUCUUCAAAGCUUGUGAAAUAAUCGAAUUAAUGGCCGCCGAUGGCCAACGCCGCGUGCACUGCAAACUGCGUGCACAAAACUGGGUCUUACAGAAGAGUGGGGAAAAAAUGAUGGCAGUAGAAAUAAAUCUCAUGUGAUAAAACUUAUAGGUUAAUACUACACUCAAGAGACUUUACUUUACUUGAUUCAAAGUUAACAGUAAAAGCCCCCAACGAGUCACACGUUACAUAAACUAAACGCAAAGUAAUAACUUGUUAUUUUUUCAAUUGCACACUUUUCGAUUGAGUGACGUAAAACCAAAACCAAAGUAAACACGACGGCCAAUGAGAACUCAAAGUGAAAAAAAACAAACUGCCUGAAACGCGGGAAAAAACGCGGGCGACCGAGUCACGAUUGGAGUUCAUUUGCAUCUAAUUGGCUAAAGAAACUCAACUGGCGCGAGUUUUCUGGAUCAAUCACAGAGCGAAGUAAAGCAAAACCAAAGCAAUCCCGGGUUACUUUAGACAGUCAAUUGACAAUUUCUCUACCAAGUUAUAUGUCUACGAUUACUUCAGAAGACGUGACAAAUUUCCUCGCUUAUGCCCGGUGCUUCGAAUAUUUUUGCGCAGUCAUUUUAUGUUCUUUAAGAUUCCCACAUGCAUUGGUAACUCUCCAAUAAUGUCACUUUUAUGCACCUUUUAAUCGUAGAAGCAAUAGCAAAAAAAAAAACUUAUUUUCUUUUUGCAGCACCUGGUGUAACUGCAUGUAGAGAUUCGGACAAACGCUGUUCUGCGUGGGCCAAAAUCGGUGAAUGUACCAAGAAUCCACUGUGGAUGAAGCCAAACUGCAAGCUGAGUUGCAAGCAGUGCUAAAAAAAUUCUGGUUCAGCUUUAAAUAACUUUUCAUUUUAAUACUUCUGCGGACGAACUAUCUUCUGCUGGAACUGAAAAUUCUGGGUGGGAAUCACGGUGCGGAUAUCUAUCUUACUUUUAGCGAGAAUUAUUAAAAUGUCUCAUAACUUCGAGACUGAACCCUGUGAUUCACUUUAUUAAAAACUGACAUUAAAUUGCACGUCAUCAAAAUAAUAAUAAAAAAAUAUAUUGGG